ACUGUCUGUCUGUUCCCUCCUCAGGAGAGUGACUACUUCACCCCCCAGGGAGAGUUUAGGGUGGACAAAGAGGGGUCUCCCAUCCUGCUCAACUGUCUGAUGUAUAAGAUGUCGUACUACCGCUUUGGAGAGAUGCAGUUGGACUUCCGGACGCCGCCGGGUUUCGACCGGACGCGUAACGCUGAGAUCGGUAACAAGGACAUCAAGCUGAAACACCUGGAGGAGGCGUUCACCUCAGAACACUGGCUGGUCCGGAUCUACAAGGUGAAGAAGGAGGAGAACAGGGACCCCCUGGAGCACAGCCCCCGCAGCAGCAGUAGCAGCAGACAGAAGUACACCUCUAAAAAGACGGCGAAGAGGAAGCGUGGUCAUGUGAAGAACAAACUUGCCCUCAAGAAAGGCAAGAAACUGAACAACAAAAAAUCAGUUUAACCAUAAAAAAACGACCACAAAGGCACCACAAGAGAGAGAGAGAGAGCGGGGGAGAGAGAGCGGGGGAGAGAGAGCGGG